CAAUCUAUAAUUGCACCAAUUAAUACAAUAAAACAUUUUUACACCACUUCUUACUAUCCUCAGAUUAUAUUUAAUAAAGUGCGCAACACACAAUAACACACAAAAACACACAAACACAAAAACACACAUUCAUUAUUAUUAAUAUGGAUUCAUUUCAUACUUUAAUUUUUGAAACAUAUAGACAAUUUAAUUUAUUUUUAAAUAAUUAUUUUAAUAAUAAAAAAGCUAUUGACAAUACCACAGAUAACCUAAAUAAUAAUAAUUACACUGUCGAUUUUUACAAUAUAGCAAUUUUAAUAAUAGAUAUUAUUAAAUAUAAACAACAGCAACAAAAACUACACCAUCAAUUACAUAAUAAAAAACCAAAAGAAGAUAGUAAUAGUAAUAGUGAUAAUAAUACAACAGAUAAAAAUGAAAAUAAUAAAAUUAAAAUUAAUAAUGAAUUUUUACAAUUAAGUUUUAUAAACGAUUAUGAUAUCAACGAAUUAUUAGAAUUUUUAUUGUGUUUAUGCUUUUUCAGUGGUGAUCAAGAGUUGGCAAAAAAGAUUAUUGUCAACAGUCAAUCAUUUAUAACAAAUAAUCUUCUAAGCAAGGAUUUUAAGCAAGGUGUUUCACUGGGAUAUGCCAUACCAUUUGGGUCAAGAGCAAUUUUAACGUUGUUGACAUCGUCAUCAAUCGGUAUGGAUUUAAAUUUAAUGAUGAAGGGUUUAGACAAUAGUUAUGUGAUGACAUCUGCUUUGUAUGGAAAUUUAGAAACACUCGAGUUCAUUGUAGAAAAAACGAAUAGCUCCUGUCUUAACUAUAGAAACUCAAAUGGUGACACUGCAAUUUUGUUUGCUGCCAUGAACGGAGAUAAUCCAAUGAUCGAAAAGUUGAUGGACUAUGGCGAAGAUCUUUUAUGUGUAAAUAACCACGGUUUUAAUGUUUUCAUUUGUGCAGCUUUCCACAAUCAAGCAGAUACAAUUUCAGUACUAUGCAAAUUAAUCGAACGUAAAUAUGGCACAAAAAAGAAAAAAGAAAUGAUUGACCACAAGAAUAAAGAUUCCGAGACUCCACUUCAUAUUGCAUCAAGAUUAGGUUUCGAAGAUAGCGUUAAAGUGCUCUUAGAAAAUGGUUGUGAAAUUAAUAUUGUAAAUAAAAAGUUACAGACUCCAUUAGAAUUGGCCAGAAAGGUUUUAGUGUCGCUAAAGAAAGAUCCAAACUAUCUCACCAUUUCAUUUGACCAAGAAUCAAGGAAUAAAAUUUUAUCAUUCAAAAACGAGCUUAAGGAUUUACCUUUUAUCAAUAAUUUAUUACCAAAUGAAUUUAAAGAUAAUAUUCUAUUCUCUAAACCCAAUUUAACCAACAUGGAUAGAUCAUCAAAGAAUUUUCCAAAUAUUAUUAAUCUAUUUCAAAUUGAAAUCGAUAAAAAAGAAAAAGAAAUUGAAAAGAAUUUAAAACAAUUACUAUUAAAUGAAAAGAAAUUAAAUAUAGACAAUAAUAAUAAAAAACAACAGCAACAAAAAAAGAAAACAACCACCGAAAUUUUAAAUCAAAAAAAUUUUCAAAAUCAAGAAAGUAUAAAUAAAAUCGAAAAUCAAAUUAAAAACAAUUUAUUAAAUAUUAAAAAUGAACAAGAAAAAGAUAAUAUUAAUAUUAAUAAUAAUAACAACAAUGAUAAUAAUAAUAAUAAUAAUAAUAAUAAUAAUAAUAAUAAUAAUAAUAAUAAUAAUAAUAAUAAUAAUAAUAAUAAUAAAAAGGCUACUGCAACUACAACAGCUGCAACAACUACAACGAUUACAAACACCACCAACAAAAAAAAUAAAAAGAAAAAAAAUGGUAGUGCAAAUAAAAAUCAAGAAGAAACAAAAAAAGUUAUACCAAAUUUAACAGAAAUACCAUUGUCUCCUCAACAAAUACAACAAUUACAAUUAAAACAACAAAAACAACAAUUAUAUCAACAACAACACUAUCAACAAAAAUCAUAUAAAGAAGAAUAUACAGAGCUAGCCAAUAUUUAUUUAGAGCAAUCACUCAAGUAUAAAGAAAUGAUGUUAAGAUUGUCAGAAAUUGAAAAUUACUUUUCAGAAUAUAACAAAGCACUUUAUGACAAAAACAAAAAAGCAGAGGCUUUAGGUUUAGGUAUUGCAGAAAUUUUAGGUUUGGGUUUGGAACAUUUAAGCAUGAGCCAAUUAGUGGUUUUAGAAGGUAUUCACAAAGAUUCAAUUGAAAGGAUAUCAAAUACAAAACAAAAUUUUAAAUAA